GGAGAGUUGAUCCCGAGACAUGCAGACAGAAGGAAUUCACAGGUCUGAGAUGUCGAGACGCGCGCCCUCACACGCGGUAGUAGUAGCAGCAGAUGAUGGUCAGAGCAUGGGCAUGCAGAAACAUUGCUAGGCAAGGGAGAGCGGCGAAUGAUGCUAUCGACACGAAGGAUGCCAGUCGAGGGCGACGCGACUGACGUACGGCUCUUUUUCUUUGUCGCUCGUCCUCUUCGUGUUGAGGCUUCCCGACUCUUGACGCUUCAACUGCUCGUCGUGCUGCCUGCCUGUCUGCCCGUCUGCUUGUUCUGCCGCUCACCUUACUCACCCACACGCUCCUUUUGCACAGUCGGUUCAUGGGGUUGCUUUUCCCUCAUUCUGUGUUUUAUUCUUUCUUUUCGGCUCGGCCAUGGUUUCUUCGCCGUGAGAGUCAAGUCAGUCAAGUCAGUCAGGUUGCCUCUCGCUCACUCAUCCUUUCCCGCUAUACGUCCCGCACUUGGUCCCACCGUCGUCAUCGUCGACCAGGCGGACGGAAUACCAUCGUUCCUGUAUUCGCUCCCUCGCUUGUCGCCGGGGCGCGCCAUCGUCAAUCAGCCCAGAGGCGCAAACCGUCCGUCCGUGGACCGGGAUCGCGGACCUGGACCCUGCCAGUGGCGGCUGCAAGAUUGCGCAAGAGGAAAAGGCCAACGCCAACGACGUGGGUUGCUUCUGAACGGCUCUCGGAAGAAAGAAAACAAGGGCGACGACCUCCAGCCACCACCGCCCGCUGUCAGGCUCGAUAGAGAGUACCUAAGUCAGGCACUGUACCGUAAGUUAGUACCUUGCUCGGGUGGGAUUGCCCUUGGGAAGUGCCUGGUCACAGUGGUCAGGCAGGCACUCGAGCACUCUCUGUGGCACGGGCUAUCCCGCUGCCCCCCCUUCAACUCCACUGUGCCUGUCCAGGCACCGGGACAGGCAUUGCCCUGCUACUGGGGCCCUGGGCUGACCCCUGUGCUGGCCACCAGAGCGCCCGCAAUAUCGGAGUAGUACCUGAGGUACCUUACCCACUCGACGCGCUAUCGCGACCGACCGACGCUCGAUCGAACCGCCAUGGCCGCCGCAGAGCCGAACUGGCGGCGCACCAGCAUGGCGCCUCGAGCUGCUGUGGGAGCCCGCGUGGCGCUCGCCCACCCGCACCCACACCUCCUCCACCAGCAAUACCACCCGCACCAGGAACAGAAUCAUAGGGAGGCCCCAGACCAUCAGCAUCAGCAACACGCCACCGCGAUCACAACCGCUCAUCAGCAGCCGCAGUCGUACCCUCACCAGUACCUCGCGCCCACAUCGGGCUCCCGCUUCCGCAAGCUGCGAGGCAAGAGCGUCUCGUCGCCGCGCGCCAUCGACGUCUUCCGCGACAGCCCCUCCAACAGCGGCAGCGACGAGGAAGGCCACUUUCGUGGCGGCCUCGUCCACAGUGUCAGCGGCAGCUCGUCGUGCUACUCGACCGACACGCCCAAUAAGGCCGCCCGGCGGCGCUCCAAGAGCGUCACCACGACGCCGACCAACUACUACCACCAUAAUAAUUACGGCUACCACUACGACGACCACAACACCAGCCCGAAGGGGUACGACUACUAUCACGAGCAGCAGCAGCAACAACAACAGUUCGGAGAAGGGCCAGAAGCACCAGCCGGGGCGACGGCGACGGGUUGGAGCGGCGCCAACACUAACUCCACCACCACCACCACCAGAGGGGCAGCGGCCUCCACCAUCACAUCAUCCUCGUCCCCAUCCACCGCCGCCAAUCUCAGAAGUGGCGCCAACGGCAGCGGUGGCACGCGACCUGUCCCGUCCUACAGGGGCACUGUCCCCACAUCUGGUGCCCUGAGCCCCAAGCCGGUCAACGUCUCUUCUGUCGAUCCCAGCCUCGCAGCCUUUGAGGGCGUCAAACCGCCGCCCGUAUACCGCGGUCGCGACACGCAUUCGACGCGGCCCAGGCCGCCCGUCAACGUCAGAGGCCAGCAGCACGAUCACGGCUACUAUAACAGACGUCACCCGGGCCCCAGCUCCGCCUCGCCUCAGUCUCAGCACCUGCCAGCGCAUCACCACCACCAUCACCCCCAGCACCAGCAGCGCCAACAUCGUCAACAGCGCCAACAGCGCAGGCCCAAGCAAGACACCCCCAGUCGAGGCCCUCGUUCCGCUGUUCCCGCUCCGCAGGCCUCGCCCGUUCCCCCGGUACAUCACCAGCACCAGCAACACCAGGAAUCCUACUACGCCCAACCCUACUCACCGUCGCGGGACGACCAUCCGCAGCAGCCGUACUAUCCAGAAGACGAGCAUUAUCCUCAGCUGGAGCAGCACCAAUACCAGGGACAAGACUGUCAGUACUCUUACUCGGACGACGCCCAGCGGUCUGGCGACUAUCAUCCGUCCAAGCAAGAGGACAACCCACCGCGGCACCCCCUAGCACAAGAGCAGACUCUGUCGCCGCAGCCGCCGGCGCAGCAGCAAUACGAGCCGCAGGAUCUCGACCAGAGACCCGAGGACCCGGCCAAGCGAGAGGCACCCGUUGCCGACGCCCCGCAGCCCGAAGAGGCUUAUCAGACCCCCCGGAAGCAGGAGCAACAGCAGCAGUGGACCGAGCAAGACUCGCCCGCUGCGGCCCAAGGUGCCAACUCUGCUGAGAGGCAGCACUACCAACAGGGCUUGGCAUCCGUAUCACCCGACCGGGGUCAGCAGCAAAAGAAGUCGAAGCAGGUGCAGCACCAUCAACACGAAGCGGGCAGCCGGAAUACCGAAGAGGACGCCGACCGCGUAGCCGAAGAGGUAGCUCGCCUCGAGGCGGAGACUGAUCGCAUCCUCGCAGAGCAGAAGAAGCUCGACCUCCUCCGGCUCCAGGCCACCCUGGAGACGCCGCCCAAGCCCAAGCGCUCCCUUCUUGGCCUCGAGAAGCUGUUCGUUUCGCGUGGGAGGAAGUCCAACCACGGAAGUAGCCAACCCAGCACUCCCGACACGCUCGCACCGUCCAUCUUCUCCCCGGCCUUGAGCCACUUUAGUCACAGGAGUAGUGUAGACGACUCGCCCAUUCCCUUCAAGAUGGGUUUCAUCGAGCCGGGAGGCAAGGGAAUCGUGCCCCAGACCGAUGCGCCAACCUCGGCCAGCAAUGGCGGCGAGCGGAUUGUCAUGGUCAGGUGCCAAUCUGCCACUGUGAACCUGUCCAUAUCUGCCGAGACGUCACCGGACGAGAUCAUUCAGGCAGUGGCGCAAAGAACCAAGCAGCAGCUCAGCACGUCAUCGUACGUGGUUAUUGAGUGUUACUUUGCCCUUGGUCUGGAGCGCCGCUUGCGCCGGUAUGAGCGUGUCCGCGAUACACUUAACUCGUGGGACAAUGAUCAACAAAACUCCCUCCUGAUCAUGCCCGCCGACAGCCCGAUGGACCUCAAGGGCCUCGAGCUGAGCUCCGUGCCGCGCACAGAGGAUUCGCCGCCGGGCUUCUGCGUCCAGCUGUACCACUCCUCGCGACCUGGCAAGUGGACCAAGCGCUGGGUCACCCUCUUGGAGAGCGGACAGAUGUUCGUAUCUAAGAAGCCUCACUCGGGUCCUUCAGACAAGGACAGCACCGUCAUCUGCCACCUGUCUGAUUUUGACAUCUACACGCCCAAGCAGAGCGAGAUGCGUCGCAGCCUCAAGCCGCCCAAGCGGCUUUGCUAUGCCAUCAAGAGCCAACAAAAGACCAUUGUGUUUCCCAAUGGCGAGAACUUUGUUCACUUCUUUUGCACCGAUGACGACGCAUUGGCGGCGCGCUUCUGCGAGCUGGUGCAUGGCUGGCGCAGCUGGUAUCUGGCCAACAUGCUGGUCGACCUUGAGAAGGAGAGCAAGGGGCCCGCGCAGGCAAAUGUCGGGCCUCUGAUAAGCCGGGCUAUGUCCAAGCGGAAUCCUAAUGGCGCGCUGGGUGUUUCCCUUGAUAAGACCGCAGAGCCCCUGUGGGAUGUCACCGGCUUCAAAUCCUCCGAUAUUACCACGCUCACGAGGACGCUUACGCUGGCAUCCAAGGAUCGGGCGAGAGCAAAGACGGCGCAGUCUUCCCCCACUGUGGAGGAGGAUGCCGAAUUCGCAGCCGGCGGUCUUCUUGGGUCGGCGUAUGAUAAGCGAGCAGCCGAGGCCGCCACGACCUCGACCCGCAUUAUCAAGGUGGAAGGCCCCUUCACCGACGGCCCAUCACUGCUGAACGGUGGUGUCGCGCAAAAGUCACCAGACUCGUCGUCGACCAAGACGGAGUCCAAGGGCUGGUUCCCGUCAGCGGCGGAGCACACGGCCCGCCUGCGCGCCCAGUCCAACGAGACGAGGCGGCCCAUGACGGCGGACGCGGCGCAACAGUCGCGGCGCACCUCGCGCAGCAGCCACUACCCCCAGCCGCUCCUCAGCUUCGCCGAAAACCACCGAGGAGAGCGGCAGUCCCGCCAUGGUGAACAAGCCCACGGCUACGCGCGGAGCCACCACGGUGGCGGCCAGCCGCUCAUCAACUUUGCCACCGGCGGCCAGGCCCAGCAGCCACACGGCGCGGCGCCGCAGCGAGGCAUGUCCCGCCGCGGUCUUCCGCCGUCGGGCUCGUCGUCGAACUCGCUGGGCUCCCAGCACUCGCAGUCGCCCAGCGUCCGGGGCCGCAGCCGCUCCACCACCUCCCGGACGAACGGCGCCCCCCGGCCGCGUUACCCCGACGAGCCGCGCCAUCCUCCCAUGCCCCAGCGCUCCGUCCGCCACCGGGAUGGCCCUGCGCCUCGGGGAGGCCCCUGGCAGCCCAGCGAGCCCCUCGUGAACCGCGCGAGGUAGGAGCUGAGAGUCUGAGUUGCACUUUGGCGUUCCCGGGGUACGAUGUGUUUCUUGGGUCCUUCCUCAUCCUCGUCUUCUUCUUCUGCCCUUUCCCUGAUGCGGUUCUUGCAGGGCGAGACUUGUGUGUGUGUGCGCGUGUGUCUUGAGUGUGUCAACUUCUAGGUCAGCAACACCUACGAUGAC